CCCCCCCCCCGAAUUGAACGAUUUGAUAUGCAAAUUUUUCCUCGGUGUUCGGAAAUCUGAUGGUUCCAAUUACGAACCGAAUACAUUAAGAACAUUCAUGAGUAGCUUUGACAGACAUUUACGGAGAAUGAAAUAUGGCAAACAAAUAAUAUCAAGUUUGGAAUUUUCUAAAGUUAGGGAAGUAUUAAAAGCAAAACAAAAGGAUCUGAAAAGCGAGGGGAGGGGCAAUAUAUCAAAAAAAUCAGACGCCUUAACGGACGAAGAAAUAAAUCAAUUAUGGGAAAAAGAACUGUUGGGUGUAAACAAUCCCGAGAGUGUGAUUAAUUCCCUGUGGCUUUUUAACACCAUAUAUUUUGGCUUAAGGGGCUCCGACGAACACAGAUCAAUGUCAUGGGGGACAUUUCUUCAAAAAGACAGCAGCGGUGCCGAAUUUUUAACCUUCAAUGAACGUCAAUCAAAAACCCGACAAGGGGCAAAUCCUCGAGACAUUCGCGUUGUCAAACCAAAAAUGUGGGAAAAUUUAGAAGUACCUAAUCUUUGUCCAAUUAAAAUAUACAAAUUUUACCAAGAAAAAAGACCCUCUGAUUUCUGCAAUCCCGAUGACCCGUUUUAUUUGGCAACUCACACUCAACAAUGCGCGAUGACACAUAAAGACCAAUGGUUUAAAAGACAGCCCAUAGGUGUCAAUAAAUUGGGAUCGAUUAUGAAAAUAAUGACAACUUCAGCGGGGAUUGUUGGCGAGAAAAAAUUAACAAAUCACAGUGCUUGCAAACAUCUGGUUCAAAAAUUAAGCGAAAAUAACGUACCUGCCAACCAGAUCAUGCAAAUCACAGGACACAAAAAUAUCCAGUCAAUUAACAACUACAGCAGUUUAAAUGAAAUCCAGCACAGAAAUAUUUCAUCAAUUCUUUCGAACCCAACAGCACCCCAAUGUUCCUCAGGAUCCGCCACUUUCCAAUUCACCCAAAACAACACUGCCUUUCGAAACACUUUAAAUAACACAGGAGCCACAAGCACAACAAUAAACGUGACAGGGGGUGUCCAAAACCUGGUCAACGGAAAUAUUUUAGGUGGAAAAAUCAUCGUUAAUAUCCAAAACGAACCGAAUUCUGCAUCCAAAAAAAGGCCGCGUGUUAUCUUUGACUCUGACUCGGAUGAAUGACUUAGGCCGUUGAUUUAAACAAAGGCGAAAUUAUACAAUUCCAGAUGUCCAAAGUAACAAUUAAUAUAAAAACAGCGUAUGAUAUUUUGCACACUGUCUUUCAUAGAUUAUUAAAACACUGAUCAAAAAUGAUAUGUUUGUUUGUUUGGCUUGGAACUCUUUCGUCAUGCGUAAUAUUGUUGACAUCACAAAAAUGUGUGUUGUGCGGCUUGAUAACACGAAGAUUUAAUGUGUAGAAAUAACGAAGUUUAACAAGUUAAGUUGGUUAAAACAUGUGAUAAAAAGAAUCUCUCAUGGUUUGUGAUGGUAUAUGAUUUUUAUCCAACUCGUUGUGUGUUUUCUAUCCCCGAGCCAAGUAUACCAUCACAAACCAUGAGAGAUCCUAUAUAUACACAACAUAUUUUUGUUAUCAUUUGUGUAUGUAAAGCUUACGUAUCUUAUAUUCAUUCGCAGCACUUACAGCUAGUAAUAUACUUAUAUUAGAAAUAAUCAAUGUACAAUAAACGGGAAAUAACUUUAUACGCUGAUUUGUUCAAUAUGUUCAAUACACAAACUCCCUCAAUUAAACUUGAACUAAGUUCUAUUUUAAUCUUCGUAUCUCAUGCGUGCUACAUUGAAAUAGGAACCUUCAUAAAAAAAUAAACUAUUGGUUCAGUAAUUACUCGUUCUAUCAAAUUGCCAACUUCGAUUUUCAUUCUGUUUCUUUUAAAACAUUAUUGGUAAUUAUGAUCAUAGUGUAAUUACUGUGGAAUCAUCAGAAUUCGUGGUGGCUGAAUUUUCGUGCAAUUAGUGAGUACCUCUCAUCCACGAAUAAAUAAAUUAGGGUAAUAAAGUCUUAUUUCCUAUUGUAUGUAUAAAAUAUUACACGAAAUUAAGUCCCAACGAAUCACAAUCCAUAAACAUUGGCCCCUUCGAAAUUUAAUGAUUCCACAGUAUCGAAUAAACUUUCACUAUUUUAAGUCACGUGUGUUUAGUAACAAUAUUAGUUAUCGCACUUGUGUUGAAACCAAAUAAAACAUCUA